CCCUCAUAGACACUUCCGGUUCCGCCCCCUGUCACCUGCCUACUGGAAUCUUUCCCUCCCUGUCUAAGUCCUCUCAGGCCAGCCUUGGCGGGAGGCUUCUUGGGAUUGGCUCCCUGCCCUUCCACCUUAGGGUGUCCUCAGAGACAGACUUUUAUUCCCUCAAUAAGGAGACAGACUCGUAUUUCCUCAGCAACCAGCCUCUCGCCUCCCCUCAGCCGCGGCUACCAUCUUCACCGUCGUCACCUCAGCCUGGUCGCCACCCCAGUUGAGGCGUUGACAGUCAUGUCUGCCACAGGGGAUCCAGACCCACCCCAAGGGGACCAGGAGGCCCUGGCGAGCCAGGAGGGAGUGCAAAUUGAGGUGGCCGGAGCUGGUAACCAGGAGAGUAGUAAUUCCGACCCCAACAGUGGCGACGUGGUGCCCACAGCUGAGGCGGCUGGAGCUGGUGAUGGGGAGGGUGGCGACUCUGGCCCCAACAGUGGCGACGUGGUGCCCACAGCUGAGGUGGCUGGAGAUGCAGGGCCCAUGGGAGGCCUCAGGGAGGAGGAGGGUGAGCUGGCUGCAGCCCUCUGGAGCGGGAGCGCCAUGGAGGAAUCCUACAUUGGGAUGGUAGAGGUGGAGGUGGAGAUGGAAGAGGAGUCGGAGUCAGAUGAGGAGGAGGAGGAAAACGUGGAGGAGGAGGAAGAGGAGGAGGAGGAAAACAGGGAGGAGGAGGAGGAAGAGGAAGAGGACGAGGACAACUUCGGCAUGGUCGCGGCUGCCCGUCACUACCCCAUAGUAGGCUUUCGCUUGCAGUUCCUGGACAUGGUCCACAACUUUCUCCACCGCAUCUAUCACAAUGACCACAUCCUGAUCAGGUUCCGUGGCAGCCGCCUGAUGGUGGGGCCCCACCCUGUGAUGCCCAGCUCUGAUGAGCCCCCACUGCUGGUGUCUGAGAGGCUGGGUGCAGGGGCCAGGGCCCCAGAAAGUGAUGAUCUGGGCCUAAUCGAGGAGGCCGAGGUGGUCCCAGAGCCUGAGGUGCCAGCAAACCUGGUCGAGAUGGCCAGGGAACCCGAAGAAGAGCCCGCGGAGGAGGCUGCAGAGGGAAAGCCUUCAGGGGAGGAGCCCGCAGAGGAAGCAGUGCCCAAGGAGGAAGCAGCCACACAGGAACCAGCGGCGAAGAAACUUGCCACAGAGGAGGAACCGGAAGAUAAACCAGCUGCAGAGGAGUCUGCAGAGGAACCAGCCACACAGGAGGCCGCGGCCCCCGAGGAGGAAGCAGCCACAUUGAUAGGACACCUGAGAUCACUGGUCUCAGAAGAAGCAGCCACAGAGGAACCGGCGGUGAAGAAACUUGCCACAGAGGAGGAACCGGAAGAUAAACCAGCUGCAGAGGAGUCUGCAGAGGAACCAGCCACACAGGAGGCCGCGGCCCCCGAGGAAGUCACUAAAUAUCAGUAUGAAAAGUGGGAUGAAGAGGUCCAGGGUGCUGCAGGUGAGGAAGAAAAAGAACAAGGAAAAGAGAAGGAUGCAAAAAACAAGUUGAAGAACUGCAAAGGCGCGGCAGAGGGGAAGCCGAGGAAAUCCAGAUCCCUGUGAGAAUUUAUAACACGUAUUAUUCCGAAGUGUGUUACCUCAAAAGUAAUAUGUAGUGACAUCUAAGUUUUAUCUUUCACGAAUGUAUUUGACAGUAUUUGUUCAAGUUAAAAAUAAAAGUUUGUUUCAAAUGAAUAAACUGAAACAUGGCCAAAAAUCAAUUAAAAUGUCAAGUUUAAAACAAUUUUUGAAGAGAGAGAGAUGGGGCUCAAGUCUUUAGAGCUGUGUUGCCAACUACUUUAGGCACUAGUAAUGUGGCUGGUCUGAUUUAAUAUGUGCUGUAAGUGUGAAAAUAACGUUGCAUAUCUUACUAAUGAUUGUUACACUGGUUACAUGUUGAAAUGAUA